AUGAUAGUCUCCCGUGAACGAAAAUUCUGCAGUGUAUGCCAUCAACUUGGUGAUGGGUAUCAUUUUGGUGCAAUCGCUUGCAAAGCCUGUGCAGCAUUCUUCCGUAGAACCACUUCUAUGAACCUAGCCUCUAAGUUUUUGUGCAGAAAAAAUAAUGAUUGCAUCAUCAAGAUGAGUAGCAGAGAUAGCUGUAAAUCAUGUAGAUAUGCAAAGUGUCUUCACGUCGGGAUGAAUCCGGAAGUUGUGCAAACAAUCCAAAACUCUGCGAAAUCCUCUCCGUCUCCUGGAAUCGAGAGUCUUCCAUCAUGCUCGUCAUCGCCUGCGUCAUGCAACAGUCCCAUUCUCAGUCUCGACCUAGGUGACUAUCAUGAGAUGACUCCAAUUCUAUGUGGAGUUAUGGAAAGUUAUCAGAAGUUGUACAAGCAGAGGUACAGCCUUCAUGCGCCUAAAAUGAAACCAAGAGCCACGACAUACGGAGAGUUUUGUACCAUUUAUGUGAAUGAUGUGUACCUACAGUACGAAUUUUUGGAGAACAGCUUUUCACAGUUCAAAGAAAUGGGAUCAUUCGAGAAGAAACAUGUCUUCAAGUACUUUUUCGUAUCUUUUCUCAUCUUGGAAAUGGGAUACCGUAGUUAUUUAGAAGGUACCGAAGUGUUUGUUCUGGCGAAUGGAGAUUUCAUAGACACAAUGAAUUUGGAUCAGUUCUACUAUGAUCCUGAGCACAAUGAGAGGUGCAAGUCUACGGAUGCAAUGAAAAUGUACCGCCCAUACUUUGACCAAAUGAAACGAAACGUGUUCCAUCCUUUGUGUCACCAAAAAAUCUCUCUAAUUGAGUUCCUUGCAUUGGUAACAUUGUGCACUUGGAAUGAUUCUCUCGAUGGACAACCAGAUUGCUAUUAUCCAGUAUGCAGACCAGUCAGGCAGAAAGUGAUAGCUGAGCUGAUGUCAUUCUAUGAGAAGGAUUCUCCAGAUGUCGACCCAGCAUUCAGGUUGAGCGGGUUGCUCAUGCUACUGCCGGCUUUGGAGCGUUCCGUUGAACUGUUCCUCCAAUCAAUGGAGGUCAAACGUCUCUUCCGUUGUUUCCCAUUCCACGACAAGAUCUAUCAAAUUGUCAAUGGACAGUAA